AGCGCAGCAGGAUCGCGGUCGCCCGCCGGGACGCCGCGCUGGGUCAGUGUGCUCCGACGCCGCGCGGGGGUCACGUGUGCGUCUGCCAGCAGUCGUGGAGGCAUCAUGCACCUGCUGCUGCUGUACUAGGUCGGCCUCGAGGAAUGUGAUCCACGACUGCACGGACCCGAAGGAAGUGCCAGAAGGACCUCGCUCGCCAAUCUUCGUUAGGAGACUUAUAGGUCUCGCCUCGCCCACGCCCCGGCACGUCAGAGCCAGGAUGCGCGCGCUGUGUGUGGCGGUGGUUCUGGCCGCGUGGCUGGCGGCGGCGGAGGCGGAGAAGGUGAAGCCGUUCGUCUACGACGAGCUGUACAAGGACCCAUGCGACGACCCCAGCAAGGAGCCCCCGAGGAAGAGGAACUCCUGCAACGGCAACGCCAUACUGCUCUGGGCAAGCAAGGGGAAGCACCGCAGAGUGAAGUACCUGCUGAAGCAACCCGAUACCGCCUACCUGAUCACCUACCAGGAAUCGAGAGGCUGGCGGAAGGGCUACACGGCGCUCCUGUGGGCCUCCGAAGCCAACAGCACGCGCACCGUCAUGAUGCUGCUCGACGCCGGCUCCAUCAUCGACCACCGGAGCUACGGAAAUUUCACGGCCGUUUACCUGUUGGCGGAGAACAACAACCUGGCCGGUGUGACCCGGAUCCUGGAGAUGGGCGCUGACCCCAACGUCGUGACCGCGAUGGGUUAUACGGCGCUGUUUAUGGCCACGUGGAACGGACAGCCGCAGAUAGUCAAGGUCCUCCUCGACCACAACGCCAACCCGAACUUCACUACGCCGAAUACAAAGUACUUCCCGCUGUACAUCGCCUCCAAGAACGGCCACAAGGAGAUCGUGGAGCACCUCCUCGACGCCUACGCCAACUUCAACAUGCGGACGUCGUGGGCCGUGAUCAUCUGCGAUCAGCAGGAGCGAAUGAGUGGCUUGCGCCGUCUCAAUUCGAUUCUGCCAGCUGCGUGA